AUAAAAAAAUCAAAAAACUGUUUUUUUCGCAAUAAUAAAGAAAAAACAAAAAAAAAAAAAAACAGCAAACACAAAGGGAACAAAGAAUCCAGCAUAUUUGUGAAGGAUUAUAUACAGCAUUAAAUUAAAGUAAUUCCGAGGUAUACAAUAUUUUUUGAAAAAUAAGACAGACGGCAAGAUGGAGUUUAAUAAAUCUCAAUUAAUUUAUGGUUUGUUGCUGGCCAUUGGCUGCAGUUUGAUUUGCGCUGAGCAACUCGAUGUAAGUUUGGCAAAUGCCAAUAUUCCUGGAAUUCAAUCAAAUGUACCGACUGUGAUUGCUGAACCAAUCCAUGUUCCUGCUGCAGAUAUCGAAAAAAAGAACACCACAUCAACUUCCACUACUACUUCUACAACAACAACUUCUACAACGACGACCACAACAACUGCAGCUCCAACAACUUCAUCAACUACUAGUACAACUACUGCUGCUCCCACAACAACUAGUACACCGGCUCCACCAAAUACUACAACACCAGCACCAGCACCAUUCCCAGACCCCACCAUUGGUACAUGGAACUCCAGUUGUAUUAUGGUUUCAAUGGCUGCACAAUUAAAUUUCACCUACGAAACAAAAGAUAAUAAGGAAAAAACUACUUUAUUGAAUAUCCCUGCUGAUGCAAAAGUUUUCGAUGGGUCCUGCGAUGGUACCAUUACACAAAAUAUACAUAUCAAUUGGGGUCCCGUUGACGCAGUAAACAUGAUGGUAAUGCAAUUUGAUGUCAAAGAAAGUUCAGUACAAAUGACCAUGGUGAGCAUUAAUAUUCCUUUGACCAGCGAUCGUUUCCCAGAUGCAAAAGAGAAUCAGACAAUCCAAUUGUUGCACCGUGGUUUCGAUUUUACAGCACCUAACAAAAUGUCUUAUCACUGCACCCGUCCACAGGAAUUUAAUUUAACUGAAACUAUUGCCGAGAACAAGGUCAUGGGCAAAAUGACUGUGCGUAAUGUACAAGUUCAAGCCUUCCUUCCAGAGAAGGCCAAUGGGUUCUCAGUUGCGCAUGAUUGCGAUAGUUCUGAGACAUCUGAUGUUGUACCUCUUGCAGUGGGCAUUGCAUUAGUUGCAUUAAUUGUCAUUGUUCUCAUCGCAUACUUGUGUGCACGCCGUCGUUCCACAUCACGCGGUUAUAUGAGCUUCUAAGUACUAUUGAAUUAAUCAUAUUAAGAGUAUUUUGCGUUAUGUAAAAAAUUUAAAAUGAAAAAAUUUAAGUGAAGAGAGAAAUGAAGAUUGAUGUAAAGAGCAGAGUGCGAUAAAUUUUAGAAUCAUGAAAUUAAUAAUAAUGUAAAAUCAUUACAAACUUAUUUCGAUAAACAACGUAUAUGUAAUUGUAAACCUGGGAGGUGUCAAAAAAUUAUUUUAUUUUGGAUAAACAUCAAAUAUUAUUAUAUAUAAUUUGCUUACGCAAAAAGACUUAUUGGUAUUAAAGUUAUGUUCUAAA